CUAUUUAAUUCUAGUUUAUCUUCUGGUUUAGGGUUUACGCAAAAAGUUCAAGCCGACAAAACUUCCGUUUAACCGGGAAAAUCACUAGACUUGCUCCGUCGAAGUCUCCAUGGAUCCUUCAUCUCUUCAGUCACCAGAAUUGCAGAAUUUUCUCAAUCAACAGAAGGAAAGGGCCAUGAUCAAUGAAAUGGUUGGAAAGCUUACAAGUGCUUGCUGGGAUAAAUGUAUCACUAGCACACCUGGAAGCAAGUUCAGCUCCAGUGAAUCUAAUUGUCUAUCUAACUGUGCGCAACGUUAUAUGGAAAUGAGCCUCAUGAUUGUCAAACGAUUUCAGAGCAUGCAGUGAAGAACGAUUUGCUGCAUAAUAUGCACACUUCCCAUUCCUUUGUGCCAAUGAAAACUAAAAUGUACACUGUUGUUUACUUGGUAGCCAUUACAAUUCGCACAAAGGUCUGUUCUCAAUAUAUUUAUUGAUGUUAGCAGAUGGUUGAUUUACGUAAUGGAUACUGUCUCUCGUUUGGGAUUUUUGUAAUGAGAUCAAUAAAUUGAUUAGUUAUGUAGUUUUUUGGGCAUGAAAUGUCCAAAACAUGAAUGGAGAAUCUUGAAUUUUGGAUGUC